AAAAUAGAUACAGUAGUAGCAAAGAAUAUCUUUGGCAGUAGUUCUGCUUCUGGGCUUUUUGUACCAAUAGCUAGUCUGUACCAAUAGCUAGUCUAGUGUGAUAUAUAUUUUUUGUCUUUAAAUUAAGUGGCCAUUCUCACCCCCCAUAUUUUAUCCGAAGUCCACAACAAGAUGUUCAACAGAAAUGCUAGCCUUUGGAUGGGCGAUCUGGACCCAUACAUGGAUGAGAAUUUCAUUAAAGAAGCCUUCAAUUCCAUGGGAGAGACUGCACGCGGCGUUAAAAUCAUAUGUCACAGAGUAACUGGUGGUCCGGCUGGAUACUGCUUUGUGGAGCUGGAAGAUGAAGCUUGUGUUGAUCGCUGCGUUCUACGGCUGAAUGGAAAGUUGGUCCCAGGAUCAAAUCCACCCAGAAAAUUUAAGUUAAACUACGCCACACAUGGGAAGAGGCCAGAUGGAGGGCCAGAGUAUUCUGUUUUUGUUGGCGACCUCAGUCAAGAUGUGGAUGACUUUCAACUUUAUGACUUUUUUGUGAAGAAAUACCCUUCGUGCAAAGGAGGAAAAGUGGUCACAGACCUGUAUGGGAACUCUAGAGGCUAUGGCUUUGUCAAGUUCGGUGAUGAAAAAGAGCAGAAGAAAGCCCUCGAGGAGUGCCAGAACACGAAGGGUCUUGGAGGGAAACCAAUCAGAAUUAGCAUAGCUGUGAACAAAAGCAACAAGACAAAUAAUUACCACCCAAACCAGAGCUACAACAACUACCAGCAGCAAUACUACCAACCUUAUCCGCAGAACUACUACCCACAGUGGGGAUACGACCCGUACAACAGUUAUAACUAUGGAUACGGUCCCUACGGGAACCCUCCUCCGGGCCCGGGAAUAAUGUACCCUCCCCCUCCACUGGACAUGCCACCUCCUCCCACAUUCGCACAGGAUUCCUCAGAGUUCCAGCAGACGCAAGAAUCCACGGAAGAUGCUGACGAUGAGGUCGAAGAGCCGAGCCCCCAGCUGGAUGUGGACACGCUGAACCGGCAGUUCAUGGAGCGCAGCGAGGAGCUGUACGACUCGCUCAUGGACUGUCACUGGCAGCCCUUGGACUGCGUCACGUCCAAGAUCCCCGCCCCGUCCGGUCGCUGAGGCCCCUCCGCAGGGGGCUGGACAGUGGUGGCCCUCCCCGCACGCACGGCCUCCCGCUCCCCAGGCCCUGUGUACAGAACAUGCCUUUUGUACAGUUCUAGACAGCUUUUGCAGAUAUAUUAUUUACUGCAGUUCUUGUCGAAGGGUCUUUUUUUUUUUUACUGUGAAUGGACUCUGUAUUUAAUUUUGUGUGUUUCUCACUCAUGGAAGUGUCAGUUUCUUGCCAGUUGGGUUGUUGAAAGGUUUGUCUUUGGAGGGCAGGUGGGUGAUGUUGUAUUUAUGUUAAGUGGCUCUUGUUUCGCUGCUGGAGGUUUCCGUCCCUGAAAUAAGAAGUCUUUUGUAGACUGAUGGAUUCAGAAAGUGAAGGCAUUUUGGAACCAGCCAUGACCAUGCCAGUGAUGUCCCACUAUAAAAUGUCUGCCUUUUCUGUUGUGGCAUUGCAGCUGUAAUAAUAAUCAGUAACCUCCAGUUAAAUUUUAAUCUUUGCUUCAGUUAAACAGGCUUGUUACAUAAUCACUUUAAUUCAAAAUGAUUAUAAGGUGUCUCAUCAAGGAGAUACUGACAUAGGUUGUGCUGUAUGCAGUGCAAUAUCUCUUGUAAGUGCAGUGUUUAGCAAGGUGUCACAGGUCCCCAGGAAUUGAAACAAAUGGGCACAAUAUGAAGCUUGUGAAACUUCAGUGUAAGACAAAGGGUUUGGAAUUCCAUGAUACCAAUCUCUUCUCAUUGCAUUUAAUAGUGAAGUUCCUGAAUAAUUUUUGAACAACACCAAUGUUAAUGCAGACAUUGCACAAAAUGUCACUUUUUAAUAAAAUCAGUAUGUUGAGUUUUACGAUUCAUGUUGGGGCAGGGCGGGGUUAAAAUGGUAGAAAAUUGCUUGUGUGAACUGGUGCUACUGUUUUUUGCUGGAUCUAUUUUUUGUGAUCUAACUUUGCUGUAAAUUGUUAAAUGCUGUAAGGGUGGUAUUAUUUAAAUAUUUGUUUAAUGAUGUCAUUGAUCCAAAAUAAUCACAGCUGUGUCAAGGAUAGGGCCAACUGAAAGUCUGUCUUAAAGCUAGAGGUAUGUGCUGAGAUUAUAUGGGUAUUGAAUCUCCUGGGAAUAGGGGAUUUCUGAACAUUUUGGAAACUUGUGUGCCAUUACCUUUUUUGUUUUAUUAGUAUAUAUUUGAAUGUUUUUAUUUUUUCAGUCAGGCACUAUGGACAGGUUGGCUACAUCUCAACAGUCAGGUGUGUGGAUUUCCUAAGAUUUUGUCUCUUUUUCUGUGCAAAGUUGCAAAUCAGGCAUGGCAGUAUGACCUACUGAAAAUAUCUAAAUGAUUUGGAGAAGGCAAAGAAUCUAUCCUACUUGCAGGUCUAGUGAAAAUAGGUCAUUUUGGAUGUUGUGCAACCCAUACCAUGACAUUUCGUCCAGCGUGCUGCAUAGAUGUCAAGACUUCUGUCUAGAUCUUCCUUGGAACCACCUUGGUUAGAGUUCCUUUCUCUCAUGUAGGGCCUGUUGAAAUGAUCACUUUCAUAACUUGCAGUUGCUGCCUUCUAGCACUGCAACCUUGUCUCUUCUCAAGCCUCCUGCUGCACAGUCAUCCCAUUCCAGAACAUUUCUCAGGUGAUUAUUUAAUUACCACGUGGUGGUCAUGUAAUGCUAAAAUGUGUGUUCACUUUGAAGAAAUGUGUGCCAACACUAUCACUUAUGGCUCUGCCCAACAGUAGGCUCAUGAUUCUCCAAAUUAAAGGCAGUAGGUAAAAUAUAGCAUACUUGCCAGGGGACAAAUGUCCUUAUCGCUUUGAGAAAUCCACUAGCCAGGUGAAUAGGAUAGGAAAUGGGAAAAUGUAUUUUUUUAGAUGAUUUGGGUUGAGUUUUUGGUAGUUUUGGCACUGAAUGUUGUUGCAGUGUAUUUACAAAUGUUACUAUUUAUGAUCCCUCUGAGGGAAAUUUUACGUUCAUGUAUCACGUGUCACUACACAGUAAAUUCAAUGACUGUUUUUCAUGCCCUGUGUGACAAGUAUAGCCCAUGGAGAUACUACUAUCCCACAUUAUAUACAAUAAGAUUACAAUACAAUUAUAUACCACCAUCAAAAGAUUUUGGCGAUGUUCUAGCUUCUUGGUAAUGUUGGUGUAUCAAAAAUGACUUACGACCGCUUAUACUAAAGGAUGCGUUGUAGCCUAUAUAUUUGUAUUCCAUAAUCUUAAUUUAAUAAACAUGUUUAAAGUGA